AUGUCGUUGCAUCCAAACAACCAUCCGUCCUUAUCCUCAUCAUCCUCGUCAAUAUUGGCUCAUUCACACCUUGGGGCAAAUAACAGUACUUUCCGUUGGCCCAAAACCAAAACGAAUAGUUCUUCUGUUCAGUUGCGUUCCAGCCUUCGGGUCAACUCUCAUUCUUCUUCUACCAAUUGUUCAUCCUCUGUGAAUAAGAAUGGUCGAGUAGUAUCUGCUUCCUCAACAAGUUUUUCAUCAAAAUCGCAAAUUCAUUCUCAACAAGAUACGGUACAUGUGGAUCAUUUGCCAAUUCCAUCUUCAUCAUCCAUUCCAAGAAGAACACCAUUGCAUACUCGUUCCAAAUCACUUCAUCAUCCUCCCCAAUCCGUCAAUGUAAGCGCUUCUUCUUGUGGAAUUGGAUCUACUACUGAAAUUAUCAUUACAAGUAAGAAUAGACAGUCCAUCAAGAAUGGCAGUGCUUUAACUUCAAACAGAUUAAGCUCAGUUGUUCCUCCUUCACAGAAUUAUAUACAAUCCAUCAGGAAUAGUGAACUCAUGUAUACAUCACCAUGUUAUGGUUAUCGUUCGCAUCAUGAUCAAGAAAAUGCUCAUGAAGAAAAGGAAAAUUUAUUAAGUCCAACAUGGAAAGAUGAGUUGCCACUUGUCAAAGCAGCUCUUCUGAUGAAACAACAAACAUUAAGCACUCCAAAGAAGGACUCUGCCAUUGAAAAUGGAAGUAAUCAAAGCGUCCUUCUAUCCACAACACCCAACUCAUUGAAGAGACGUAACACUACUGCUGGAGUACGAACACCUUCUGGAACGAAAAUUCAAACUCCUAUUCGAAUCAACAACAAUUCCAUGAAUACUCCGUUACAACAAACAAAACCACAAUCAGUGAGAAAGCAACCUUCAUUUGAGAUGCUUGAAACUCUCGAUGAUGAAUGUCAAUAUAAUGCGUUUAAAAGAAUUACAAACAUUGAAGCCAUUUCCUUUGCAACAGCAACACCUACCGAAGUUUGGUGUGGAGAAAAGAAGGGAGUCAUUGUGAUCUUUGAUAUGAAUUCAUGUAAUGUCAUUCAAACCAUUCGUGAAAAGAAACGACUUUACGUUUCAUGUAUGUGUUGUUGUUCAUCGAAUCCAUCGAACAAUAAUGGUUCACAACAACCAUUACCUCUCAUGUGGGCAGGAAUGGCCGAUGGAACGAUUAACAUUUAUUCCAUCAAACCCAAACGACAAUUAUUAAGGACUCUUGUUGGACAUACAGGAACUGUCACGUCCAUUGUUGGUUUGAACGAAAAUCUCAUUGCUACUUGUUCGGUUGAUUUUACUAUUCGACUCUGGGAUGCUACCACUUUUUCAUGUAAGAAUAGUUAUGUCGGAUUGAAAUCUUGGGUGAAUACUUUGUGCUCGGUUGGAAGUUUGUUAUGGAGUGGAUCUGAUGAUGCUACUAUUCGAGUUUGGAAUGUGUUGGAGGAUCGAACCUCACCCGUGAAUGAAAUUUCAAAUCAACCUAUUGCAUCAUCGCUCAUGAAUCAAGAAUCGAGUGUGAAUGAGUUGUCAUUAGAUUCAAGUCAGAUGUCGAACUCAGUGGAAACUACUUGUUCGAAACGUCCCAUGUAUGGUGUCACUCAACUUUGUUAUUGUUCCAAAACAAACACAGUUUGGAGUGCCUCUCGAGAUUUUUGUGUAAAAAUAUGGAGUACCAACUCGUCAAUUCAAUGCGAGAAGAGAAUUGAAUUUCCAUCUUUUGUGAAUUGCAUGCACAUUGCUGAUGAUAAUAUUUGGAUUGCCACUCAUCGAGAAAUUUCUGUAUGGAACGUGACAGAAAAGAAACUAUUAGGAAAGUAUCGAAUUGAAGGAUUUGUGACAUGUAUUUCCACAGUUGGAGAUUCUGUUUGGAUUGCAUGCAGUGAUAAAUCCAUCCGAGUUUACAAAUUACAUGAUCGUCAUGACAAUUUGGAACAUACUUGUCAAGAAACUCAUUUCACUCGAAGAAAACGAGUGUCUGCUUCUCGUCGAUUAAGUAGUGAAUUCAGUACUUGUGCUUCUGAUUUGAUGGAUUUCGAAGAACCUUUGGAACAACUAUUUGAGGAAGAAAUUGAUUUUUCAAAAACACAACAAGAUUUUGAUGAUUUAAAAGAAAAUGUUGAGGAAAUGUCCUCCUGCCUUUCAGAUCCUUUCAAAUGGUCACCAAUUAAGGGAGAUUUGUCUUGUUCACCAUUGUUUGAGGGUAGAUUUGAUGAAAGUUCCAUCUUUCACGAAUUGUAUUUUGACGAUCAUCAAGAACAUUUGAUGGAUGACAUCAAGCAAGACGACGAAAAAACCAAACGAUUGAAUCGAACAACAUUCUCAAAUCAUGGAAAUGAACCAUUGAAACUUGUCUCUGAAGACCAUACACAUCCAUCCAUGAUCAUUGAUUCAAAAUUAGAAAUGAAUCCAACGACCGUUCAAGACGACUCGUUCGAUUUCUUAUCAUCUCCAGAAAUUGUCAACAACGUUCAGAGAGAUGGUUUGAGACACUUGGAAUAUCAUCGAUCGUCUCUGGUGGAGAUUAAUCUCGAAGAGGAAACUCUGGUUGACAAGCAGCAACUCAUGGAUGAUAUUAACCAAUGUAUUCAGAAUACAUCAACAACGUCACAACCAAUCUCGUUGAAGAGAGGAAACAAGCUAAAUCGAAUCAAGGAGAUGCUUCAGAAAAUUUUGGUGAUUACUUGUUGGAAGACAAUUACAGUGGAGGAUGAAUAA